CUCCGCUUUUACGUUUGUUCGUUCGUCGUAUCGGUUGUGUUAAACAAACUCGUUUCGCAAGCUUCGCAACGUUUCUUCGCAAAAACCAAAUUACUUCCCAGCGAGUUUGUAGAUUGCUGAAACAGCAAAUUUCCUCGCUGCCGAACGCGUCGUAGUGUGAUAGCCCAAUCGAACCGAAAGGCAUCAUCCGACGGAAACAAACGUCGGGUGGCAAGAAAUUUGUUCAGUGUUCGGUACGAUUGCGCUUGUCCUGUGCGGUUCCCGGUGUCCUUCGGGCAGUAGGCACAAAAACAAAAUCGACAUUUAUCGAGGGCAUCACAGUUGAAUCCUCACUCGUUUGUUUGGUGUAUGUGUUCCGGCGUUAUCGGGGUGCAAUAGAUUGUCCCAAGAAAAGACGCGUUUGGCAAACGUUAUCGCACAGUUGAUUGCUGUUUCGUUUUCUUUGCAACGCUAACCUGAAACUGCCAUAAAAGGAUGUCCGACUCUGGAAAGUCCUUUUCCAACGUGGAAACGUCCGGCUAUGUCGGAUUCGCGAACCUCCCGAACCAGGUGCACCGGAAGUCGGUCAAGAAAGGGUUCGAGUUCACGCUGAUGGUCGUCGGCGAGUCCGGGCUCGGCAAAUCGACGCUCGUCAACAGUCUGUUCCUGAGCGACCUCUACCCGGAGCGUGUGAUACCGAACGCGGUCGAAAAGCAAACCCAAACCGUCAAGCUGGACGCUUCGACGGUGGAGAUCGAGGAGCGGGGCGUUAAGCUGCGCCUAACGGUCGUCGAUACGCCCGGCUUUGGCGAUGCGAUCGACAACAGCGACAGCUUCAGCGCGAUCCUCGAGUACAUCGACGAGCAGUACGAGCGGUUUCUGCGUGACGAAAGUGGACUGAAUCGGCGCAACAUUGUCGACAAUCGGAUACACUGCUGUUUCUACUUUAUCUCCCCGUUCGGCCAUGGUCUCAAACCGCUCGAUAUCGAGUUCAUGAAGAAGCUGCACUGCAAGGUGAACAUCGUGCCGGUGAUCGCGAAGGCGGACGUACUGACGAAGAAGGAAAUUCAGCGCCUAAAGUGCCGCAUCCUGCAGGAGAUCGAGGACAAUGGGAUCAAGAUCUACCCGCUGCCGGACUGCGACAGCGACGAGGACGAGGACUACAAGGAGCAGGUGCGGCAGCUGAAGGAAGCGGUCCCGUUUGCGGUCUGCGGCUCGACCACGCUGCUCGAGGUGAAGGGCCGUAAGGUGCGGGGCCGGCUGUACCCGUGGGGCGUGGUGGAGGUGGAAAAUCCAGACCAUUGUGAUUUCAUCAAGCUGCGCACCAUGCUUAUCACACACAUGCAGGACUUGCAGGAGGUAACACAGGAGGUGCACUACGAAAACUAUCGCUCGGAGCGGUUGGCCAAGUCGGUCCGCAAGAACACCAAUUCCGUGAUCAAGGAGGAGAACGGGGUGACGGGCGAGGUGCUGACGGAGAAGGAUCGCAUUUUGCGCGAGAAGGAGGAAGAGAUCCGUCGCAUGCAGGAGAAGCUGGCACAGAUGCAGGCCAAAAUUCAGGCACAAAAGUAAGCACUGGUUCGCUGGUUCGCUGGUAACAAAGAACAAGGGCCCUUCCGCUACUAUUACAACAGCAGCAGCAACAACAACAAACAACUAUUUCUACUACAAAUACUAUUUUUGCUACCAUCACCACCACUCCAGCCGUCAGUUGAUGCACGGAUAGGAAGGAGGGACGAACGGGUUGACGGGGGGUGAACGACGAUCGACGAUCGAUGCGCGCACAAUUUAGAAGCAAUACCACUCAUCAUUCCCAACCCCCACCCACGCUCCCAAACCCCUACCCGAGAUGGCCUGUCGAAAACCAAACAACCUCGAGUUCCAAACCUCAAAAAAACCCUCCCCCCCCACAUUCGUCGGUUGUUAUGAAAGUACUGUUGUUACAUGUGUUUGCGCGAACCGUUCACCCAGUCGGUGGUUCCACGUCGUAGUUUGGGGACUGAUGGAUGGGAGGGGAAAUGGCGAUCCUCUCCCUGUUUCUCUCAUUCGUUACGAUUCCAAAACCACCACGCGGACUGGACCGCAUCGACUGGAAGUCAAACAAAAUUGUGUGCCAUUUUUCGCCUCAUGCCAAAGCCGAAUAGUUGGCAACAAACUUUUCCGGUUCGUUUUCCAUGAACAACAUCAGCAGCACAAAACAGACAACAGACAUACAACAGCGAGGGGGAGAGGGAGAAAAAUUGGAAUGUCAAGAAUCUCAUAGCGUUUGUGGGGAUAACUUUUCCAUUUCCACGCAGCAUUUGUGUUGAGAUUAGCCAGCCUGCAGCUCACGAAGGUGUGCGUGUAAUCCUUGUGCUGUAGCUGGACACUGCUUAUUUUCUUACUGAAACAACGAUGCCUUUUUCCCUGCGUGCACACAGUUCCGGCACAUUUGUACGUGUGGAAAACUUCCGCGCGGAAAGGGUGAGAUUUCUUUUUUAAACGUAAUUAAUCGCUUAGAGUUAGUUAAGGACCCUAGUACGUACACCAUAUCCUUAGUGAUGACGCACGGUACGCGGAAUGUGCCUGCUGCAGACGAAUUGCAAUAUAUAUAUAUAUUUACCUUAAACGCGCUCGAACACAGCACAGCAUUAAAACGACGUUAAUUUUUUUCGAUUCAGUUUUGUGUUUAGACUAUUUCAAUUACCAACGCGGUACUUAAAUGCUGGGAGUAAUAGUAAAGCAAAGGUUCUCUACAGUUGACCCGAAACUAUGGACCACCUCGUGUCCCCUAGGCCCGCUUCGGUCCGUUUUAUUUCCGCAUUUUGGCAUUCCGUUCGUCUAAAUUCACUGCUCCGUUCCCCAAAGCCUCGUUGGGUUUAUACUUUCACAUUUUCGUCUCCACUUCUCUAUGCGAGGUGACCGUACGGGGGGGGGAAAAGGUUGACUGGAGCAGAUGGACGGCAGCGAAGUACGGUCGGUGUAAUCCAAAGAUAAAGUGCAAAAGCAAACGCAAAUGGAAAAAGGCAAAAAAUAAGAACAAAUGCAACGUUUAUUAAAUACAAACGACCGAGGUUUAGUAGCUUCCUGUUAUCACGUCUAAGAGUGGCAAUAACUAUGAAAAAAAAACAAAAAGCCGGCACGGGUAAGGUAAAAAUUGCAAAGCGCAUGAUCGAAUACGCUCGAUUUGUGCUGCAUCUUUGGAAGUUCGAACAUUGAUGACUUUGAAGAAUAUAUAAGCGUCUCGGUAAUUUAGAGUAUUACUAUAUUUUUUUUUACAUUUCGGUUUAAUGUUUAAAAACCAUUUGCGUACAGGAAUCGAUUUUCAAUAAAUGGUAUUCUAUU